AUGAUUUUGGAAAAAAAUAUAUUAAAGUUUUUAUUUUUCAUAAUAUUUUUUAUUGAUUUUAUGUGUAUUAUUUGUGUAGGGAAUAAUCCAAACGUAUAUUUUUCAUAUGGAAACGAAACUCGUCACAAUUUUGCAUUUUGGGAUAACGCUUUGAAAAUAAUGAAUUAUCACAGGAAUAAAAUGAAUGAAUAUUUGUGCAAAAAUUACAUCGCAAAUGAAAUAAUCGAAGGUUAUAAAAAUUUAAGUUUAAUCAAAAGUGAUAUGAGUAAAAGAAAUGGUAAAUAUCCUAGACUACAAAAACGACUUGCCAGAGAAUCCCUUCUCUCUGAUCCAGGUUCUAGAAAAUAUCAAGAUUGGCUUUCAAGGUCAAGCACGUUGGAAGAUAUUUAUAAUCAAUUUGAACACUCUGAGGAAGGAUCUACUGGACAUGGAGAUGUUGAACACGAUGAUGGUGGUGGUGGUGUGACAGGAUAUGCUUUGGUUGAUUCCAAACACAUAUAUGCAAAACCUAUAGAACACGAACCUGAGCAUCAUUACGUUGGAUAUCACGACGAUUCUCAUUAUCAUCCUCACUAUCAUCACGAUCACGAAGAUGAAAAAGAAGACGAAGAAAAAGGAUUAAAAUUAAAAGAAUUAUUUCAUUUUGCAUUGACGGCCAUUGCAUUUCUUGCAUUUGCUACUUUCAUGAUAGAAGUUUUGAUGAGUUUAUUGGAAAUUCCAGGUUCGGACACCGACUACGUAUUGGUGCCUACAAAUUCAGAUAACACAGGUGCCGCAUCUAAAAUUGACGAAACGACUCCAUUGAGUUUUUCUAGAAAGACUAGAAGUUUAUUUUUUAAUGACGGCGACGUCGAUCGUGACGAUAACACAAAGCAAAUAGAAAUUUUAAAUAUAAUUUCUAGCAAAGUUUUACUUUCUAUCGAAACUCUUGCUCUGAUGAAAACAGACGACGGUGAAUGUUUUCAAAGAUCUUUAUGUCAAAACGUUAAAUAUUCUAAAACGCUUUCGGGAUCUCAAAAAAUAUGGUUGCCCAUUUGGAGUUUCGGUAUAAGCUGGAUAGGAAACAGAUUGUCAAGAUCAAAUAAUUCCGCGACGUUUUCGAAUAAUUUAAAAUAUAUAAAAGCCGCCGUUAUGGGUUUAGGAGAUAAAGAAUGUCACGUGAUACAUCCUAAAUGUGAUGAAAAAUCAAGGAGGAGGAGGAGGAGAACUAAAAGGAAAACGAGUUGA